AGAGCUGCAAUGCAGAUCUCUGUCCUUAUUAAUUAUUACGUUUGACAAAUAAAAUCAGUAUUCUUGGAACUACGUCAUAUUCUCCCCGCCUUCCUUGUGUUUCUCCCAGAGCUUCCCCUCCAGCCCCCGCAGACUUUCCAUUUCACACACACCCCUCCCCCUCGCACCAAAAGAGGCAGAGGCGCUCCUCUCCUUCUGCCUGGUCCACUCCACUUACAAAGCCCGACAUUAUAUCUGUCAGAGAGGAGACCUGCAUGGACAAACCCGGCACUAAUACCCAUGUUUCCCUGCGAUUUAUGGCGAUGAAGGAUUCCAGAGGCUUAACGCACCUCCAAUUACUAAAGAAAGGGCGUCCGAGCUGAAUUUUUGUAAUCCAAACAGUGGGAGAGGAGAAGGAGGGUGCAUGUUACUCGGCGGGCUUCAUUUCCUCGAUGCUGCAGAGCUGGAGCUGGGUGACAUGAUGCUGCAGAGCCCGCUCACAUCCACGCCGUUUUCUGUCAAGGAUAUCCUGAAGCUGGAGCAGCAGCAGCAGCAGCAGCAGCAGCAGCAGCAGCAGCAGCAGCAGCAGCAGCAGCAGCAGCAGCAGCAGGCCGGCCCGGGGCUGCACCUGGCCCGGUCCCCCCUCACCCCGGACCCGCAGCACUUCCACAGCCCGCCGUCCUGCAUGCUGGCCGGGCCUCGGGACAGCCCCUCCUUCUCGGACGGAGAGGACAACCUGGCCUACCUGAGCGCGCUGGCGGGGCGGGAGGACGAGCACGGGGACACCAGCCUGUCCCCGCACAUGUACGCCCACCCGGGGAUCCACGCAGCCAAGCUGGAGGCCCCCGAGCUGGAGGAGCCGGAGAACAAGAGCUGCGGGCUGGCCCGGGACGAGGCGUCGGAGGGCGGGCAGGCCGGGCCGGAGCGGCCGCUGCAGAAGCAGCGGAGCCGGCGCAGGCCGCGGGUGCUGUUCUCGCAGGCGCAGGUGUUCGAGCUGGAGCGGCGCUUCAAGCAGCAGCGGUACCUGUCCGCGCCGGAGCGGGAGCACCUGGCCAACACCCUCAAACUCACGUCCAACCAGGUCAAGAUCUGGUUCCAGAACCGCCGCUACAAGUGCAAGCGGCAGCGGCAGGACAAGUCCCUGGAGGCGGCGGGCCAGCACCCCCCGCCGCCGCCGCGCCGCGUGGCCGUGCCGGUGCUGGUGCGGGACGGGAAGCCGUGCCUCGGCAGCGCGCAGGGCUACGCCGCCGCCCCGUACGGCUCCAACCCGUACAGCUACAACGGAUACCCGGCCUACACGUACAGCGGCCCCGCGUACAACAGCAACUACAGCUGCACGUACAGCAGCCUCCCCGCGCUGCCCCCGUCCAGCUCCCCCGCCUUCAUGAACAUGAACCUGGGCCCGGUGAGCGGCCUCUCCCCGCAGACCCAGACUCACCAGGGGGCCGCGGUGUCGUCCUGCCAGGGCUCCCUGCAGGGGAUCCGCGCCUGGUAGCAGGACAAAGCAGGGCCCGCGUCAUGGAGCUCUUUUCUUUUUUGGUGAACCCACAGCCUUUUUUUUUUUUUUUUAGGAGUGUGUAUUGACUUGGUCAAAAUGUCUCUGAAACAACAUUUUUCAUAGCGUUUGGAUUCACCUGUUCGACAUAUAAUUUGCAUAAAAUGGAUGUCACACAGUGGCGUCUGUGUGACCACACGCAGCGGGGUGGGAUUUCAUUUUCUGGUCCAAUAUAUAUUUUUCUUCUUUCGGUGCUUUUCUCUGGCACCGCAGAACUGAUCACAGAGCGGAAAUGGCGCACGCGUUUGCGCAUUUCUCCAUAUUUGAACCGAGAAAGACUUUGUUUUUUAAGUUAGUGUUUUUGACGACCUGCAUUUUUAUUUUUAGAGACUGAAUUACUUUAAAGUGUUUUUUGGUUGAACAGAGAAUUGUUUUAGUCUAUUUCACAUUUAUUCAAAUAAACUGAAGAUAUUCAGGAGAUGCGUUUUCAUUCUGUCUGGGCGACAAACUCAGUCUUCUCUUUGGUGUUACCUUUCAGCGUGGUCUUGGAGAGAGAAGUAUAGUGUUAUUUGAAUGGUUAAAUGUACUUUUUAUAUUAAUAAUUUGUGUCCACUCUAAAUUGGAUUCAUAGGAGACACAUUUUUCACAUCAACAUAUUAGUUUAAGUGGGGAGCUGUUCUUGGACGCCAGGCUACAGGCACUCUUUGUCCCGGUGCCAAACGACGUGAAAGGAGGAAGUUUUUCUCCAUUUGAGUUAGGCCUACUUAAAGGACGCGAUUAAGCACCUAAAAUACCCCGAAGAGCGAGUUGCAGCCGAGCUGGAGAGCUGGAAUAAUGGGUCUUAUUGGAUUGUCGGACAAAAGGUGUGUGGUAGGCAGAGCCGGGCACUCAGCAAAGACAAAGGCGCGCAGGGCCUGCGAGAUUGACGUCUUAAUAUUCCAAUUUGAGCGACAGGCAGCGGGUUAUUCUGCGCAGAGAAGGGAACACGGAGUAAAACGUGGUCACUUUUGUUCCCCUUAGGAGUUUUUCUUCUUGUUUUUUUGUUCAUGGAGAAUGGCCCUGCAAGAUCUCCAGCCGCGCUGCUUCGGGGGCUGCCGGGUCCGAGGUAAUGGCAGCGGGGAGGUGUUUGUCUGAAAGAAGGGGGUAUUAUUGCUACAAGUUUCACCAUUUAUCCCGAGGAGAAGAAUGGACGAGGGAAUUCUCAGGGGAAGCCCGUGAGGAGGAGAGCGGGGUUCGUGACCAGGAGGAGUUCAGCUCUCACAGGCUGCAGGGCAGAAAAUCAUGCAUGAAACCAACUGCAGAGGCCUAAAGUCCGUCUUCAGGGGAAAGAAUAUGAUUAAAUGAAACAAUACAAUAAUAAAGAAAAAUAAAUCAUUAAAAAAGAACAGGACAUAUAUAUAUGUAAAUAUAAUUUCAGCUGUAUACGUACCGCUAGUAAAAUAGAGAAAUUCAAAACUUAAUUCAAAAACGUAAAUAAAUAG